UCACCAUCAUUAGGCCAGUAGAUAUAGAAACUUACGCUUGAAUAAAACAGAAUAAAAAUAAAAUAGGGCAAGAAUGGGGUUCAAAGAUGCUUCUCAACAGUUAUAUUAAGCUUGGCCAUGUAAAGAAACCAAAGCCAGGGCAGUCUCCAAGAUGUGAAUUAUGGCCUAUUCCAGAUGCGACUUUGCAAUGGUGGAAAUUUGGAACUAACAGGUUCCUGGGCAGAUCGAUCACCACUCCAUGAAGCAGCAAGUCAAGGUCGUCUUCUUGCUCUGAGAACACUGUUAUCACAGGGAUAUAAUGUAAAUGCAGUAACCAUAGACCAUAUCACCCCAUUGCAUGAAGCCUGCCUUGGAGAUCAUGUGGCAUGUGCCCGGACUCUUCUGGAAGCUGGAGCUAAUGUAAACGCAAUUACAAUAGAUGGUGUGACUCCAUUAUUCAAUGCAUGCUCACAAGGCAGUUCAAGUUGUACUGAACUUCUGUUGGAAUAUGGUGCCAAAGCCCAACUGGAGUCAUGCCUUCCUUCUCCCAUACAUGAGGCUGCCAGUAAAGGCCACCAUGAAUGUCUAGAAAUACUGAUAUCCUGGGGCACAGAUGUUGACCAAGACAUUCCUCAUUUGGGAACUCCUCUGUAUGUAGCUUGCAUGGCACAACAUUUCCAUUGUGUCCGGAAACUUCUUUAUGCAGGUGCUGAUGUACAAAAAGGCAAAUACUGGGAUACCCCACUACAUGCUGCUGCUCAACAAUCCAAUACAGACAUUUUAAACUUACUGCUAGAAUUUGGAGCAGAUAUCAAUGCUAAAAAUACAGAGCUUCUGCGACCUGUAGAGGUAGCUGUUUCUAGCAGUUCGGUGGAAAGACUAUUGCUUCAAUAUGAAGUUACUCCAAGCUCUCUUUGCCAACUUUGCCGACUCUGUAUUCGAAGCUACAUAGGAAGACCAAGAUUGCACCUGAUCCCACAGCUCCAGCUGCCAACAUUAUUGCAGAAUUUCUUACAGUACCGAUAAAGCAGGAAAAUAAUCCUAAAUACUUUG